AUGAUAAGGUGUCAAAUAUAUUUAAAUGAAUUGUUUGAUGAAAAUCAUCGACAAGAUGAACGUAUUAAAUUUCUAAAUAAUGAAUAUCGACGAUUAGAAGACGAAACUAUACGUUUACAGAAUGAACGAAAAGAAUUUGUUCAACAAAAACGUUCACUCAUAGAUGAUCUUGAUCGUCGUGAACGUUAUGCCCAUGAGAACACUGAUUUACAUGUUUAUAAUGAUUCACUUCGAGAAUCAAUAUGUAUGUUACAAGAAGAUAUGAGACAAUGUGAAAAAGAAAAAUUUGAAUUAUAUGAAACAAUAACAAAUUUUGAAGUGGAGAUAAAAGAUACCUUGAAAGAACGUAACGAGUACGCGAGAAAAUUUAAUGAUAUUGAAGUCUUAUUUACACAUGAACAGGAUGCUCGACGUUGUCUUGAACACCAGUUACAAGGAGCAGAAACACAAUUAAAGGAGAAUGCAAUAGUAAUUAAAAGUUUACGAACAAAUGUUGAAGAUUUGGAAUCAGUCAAUCGAGAUAUAACACAUAAAAACUUUGAACUCACAAAAAGUAUUGCUGAUUUACGUGAACAAUUACGAAUAGUUAAAAGCCAGUGUAUUGAAGCGAAUUUAUCAAUAUCAAGUUUGUGUGACAAUAGUAGCUCAGCUUCAUACGAUGAAAGUUUAAUGUGUAAUGAAUUUGACAUUUGGUCUCGAAGAUCAACAAUAUCUAAUGAAAAAUCAUUGUUUGCUGAAAUUAUUUCCAUUGAAAAUUUAUCGAGUGAAGUUGUUAACAGUUGUCUGGAGUCAUCAAACACGUUGGAAAACGUUAACGAUAUGGAAUUAAAAAUUUUAUUAUCAAAAUGUGAAACAUUUGAUUCGAUACAUUUGAAAGAUGUGCUUCAACAACUUCAUCUAAAUAGUCAAAAUAUGAAUAAUAUCAUAACAAAUUUGCUUGGCAAUGCACAAUGCGAAAUAGAUCGAAAGCAAAUAAGAGAAUCAUCGGAUACAAUGGACAAGCAUUUAACAACAGUAAAAUUAUUAAUAAAGAAAGUGAUUGAAAAUAAAGAUAUUGUAGAAGGACGAUUUAGAAAGUUACAAACUCUUCUUCUUGCUAGUCGCGAAAAACGUCAAUGUAUCGAAGUUGAAAUUGAUGAUUUCUUUCGUUUGGUGGAUCCACGUAUCGAAGAAAAGCCAUCAAACAUAAUUCAAACAUUGAAAACAUACCAGAAUGAACUUGAUUAUCUUCGGCAAACAAUACGUUCAUACGAUGAAAAAUUAAAUGGUACAUUAUCUCGUCAGCAAUCGCCAUUUCACUGUUCGAAAUCUGUGUCGAAUGUGUUUGCAAUUGAACAUUCUCAUCAAGUGUUUAAUCGUUCACGUUCACUGUCAAAUAUUAGCCAGAUUAUUAAAAAUGAUGACAAUCGUUCAUCACGUGCUGACUCCGGUGUUAUCAUUGACGAUAACAGUGUUAAUACAUCUCGUUCAAUUACACCAAUAAAUCAACAACAACAACAACAAUCGUUAACAACAUAUUUUAAUGAUGUAAUUGAUGCUAGUUCUUGCAUUACUAUGAAACAACAACAACCACAACAAUAUGACAGUUUGGAUGAAACGGUCACUGAGUCGUUACAUGAUACGUCUGGUUCAAUAAUAGAAAAUUUACUUGAAGAUAAUAACAAUUACAGUAACAGGAUAACAAAACGACGUUCUAAACAGAAGAGAGAUGUUUUAUCGUCAAGUUUAAUAAUGCGUACAUCAGAUCAUCUUUGUCUAUCUGAUGAACCAAAAAUCGAAAAAAAAGUUCACAUUCAAUUUGUUCAACAUAAUGAACAUAAUAGUUAUCUUAAAAAGUAAGUAUUUUAAUCGCAACUUAAUUAAUGGAAAGAUGACCCACGUAUAUAGUAGUACUAUGGAUUAAGAUCAAUGUGUCAAUAUUUGUUUCCACAUUUUUAUUCUUGAAAAUAAUCUUUUUACAUUUUUUGAAAAGAAAAAAGUUAACUGUCUUAAUAGUUAGUCUAACUAUGCUUUACUUAAUCAAUAUGUUUGUUUGCUUUUCCAUUGAAUAUCUUUUGUUUUAGAAUCAAAUGGUAUCUAUUUAUUAUUUUUCUUAUAAUUAUUUUCUAUUUAUUCAUAAUUGUUAUUCGUUAUUAUAUUCUUAUGAAUUCUUCACAUGAUGAUUGUACACGAUUCUCAAUUGUAUUUUGGCCAUUUGCCGCCUGUUCAAACUCGGGUUCGAUUAUGUAACUGUUUUUCGUUGAUCUUUUUUUUUUUGUGUGUGUGUCACAAUUAAUUAUUAAUUAGUCUAAUGUUACUUAU